AUGAAUAUUCAACAACGUGUGGUGCGAGUGGCAGAGCCUAUCACUCAGUCAGCUUCUGAUUUAUACAUUGAUUCCGAUUAUCCAAUACCAACAUUUUCAAGCAAUACAACUGCAGUGCCUCAAGCAUUGAUCAAGGUGUACUAUACUGCUCUAAAUAGAGCUGAUAUUGCCCAACGGAAUGGAAAGUAUCCUCCACCUCCAGGAAGCAGUACCAUACUAGGCUUGGAAGUAUCGGGUCAUAUUGAAAAAUUUAGCACAAACAAUCACGAGGAAAAUGGGUUUAAAGUGGGAGAUCGAGUGAUGGCUCUUGUAGAAGGUGGAGGAUAUUCGGAAUUUUGCAUUGCUCCAGUCACACAAUUGUUUCAUUGUCCAAAUGAAUUAAGCUUGAAAGAGGCUGCGGGCAUACCUGAAGCAUUUCUUACUGCAUUUCAGUGCUUUUUUAAAAUUGGAAAAUUACAUCAUAGAACAGGAGGUCUUAAUGUGCUUAUCCAUGCCGGAGCAAGCGGUGUCGGUCUCGCUUUGAUACAGCUCUGUAAACUCAGUGGAUUGUGUUCGAAUAUUUGUGUCACAUGUGGAAGCAACGAAAAAGGAGAGUACUGCAAAACAUUUGGUGCCACUCAUUAUGUGAAUUACAAGGAGUAUCCAAAAUGGAGUGAAAAAUUGUCAGAAUUAUUGACAGAAAAAAGUGAAGUAGUUCCUCUUAUUGACUAUAUUUUAGAUCCUAUUGGAGGAAAUCAUUAUCUUGAACAGGACGUUCUAAUUGCAAGACUAGAUGCUGUAAUCAUUGGUAUUGCUUCAAUGGGAGGAAUGUCUGCAAACAUUGACCUUUCUCAAAUGCUGAGAAAAAGACUUACCAUUCAAUACAGCACGCUUCGAAACAGAUCUCCACAAUAUAAGGCUGAACUUUUCACAGAAUUCCAAAAUUACAUUAAGGACGCCUUUGUCACAAAAAAGCUGGUUGCUAAUAUUGAUUGUGUUUUCAAAAUGGAAGAUGUCAGACAAGCUCACGAAUACAUGGAACAAAACAAAAACAAUGGCAAAAUUAUCCUCGAAAUAAGACACGAAGAGUGA